UGAGCAGCUGGCGCUUAUAGGUGUGGACAAAGAAGACGUCAUCGAAGGCGGGUGCAGCGGGUGCAUCAUCAUCAUCAGCGGGCGCGCCAGUACAGCAGGCGGUGCGGUGAGGCCCCCUCACCUGAGGGCCUACCCCCGGCCCAGACAUGGCCGAUCUGACUCCAGCAACGCCAGCCACGCCAGCUCCUGUCGCCGGCGGCAAUGGCGGCGGCGGCAGCGGCAUGUUGGCCCAGGAACGGGAGCGGGCAGCGUUCCGGCAUGGCCUCAUGGAAUUGUCCCGUUGCCUGGCUCGACUUCAGCCGACGCCAUGGAGCAAGGUGGCCAAGGUGAUGGCCGCCUGCCCCGUGGAGCUGUCGCGCGGCGUGUUCCGCAUCGACCAGCGGGGCCAGGACGCCGUGAUGUCGCUCAGCGUGUACCUGGUCGAGUCGGGCUUCCAGCACCGGGAGCGCAUCGUGCCGUACCUGAUCAAGCUGCUGCGCGGCCUGCUCAAGGCCAGCUUCGUCGAGGAGGUCAAGUACGAGCCCGACGAGCGGCUGCCCGUGCGCGAGCGCUUCUGCUUCCUGCUGCACGCGGUGCUGUCGGACGUGGCCCACCACUGCGACGAGCUGGGCGAGGAGGUCACUAACUGCCAGCUCGACUUCCUCGGCGCCCUGGUGCGCAUCUGCGCCAGCGCGCAUGCCGCCAGCUCGGCGAGCUCGGAGCCCUCGAGCACGGCCGCCGCGCUCAACGUCAAGGCGAGUGUCGACCGCUCUGCCGCUGUAGCAUAUAUAUAACUGAGAAUUCAGAACG